AGCCCUCCCUUCCCACGCCCCAGUGAGUUGUGGGAUAGUGCCAGUAUAAAGUAUAUCCUCUCUCGGAGGAAGAUAAGAAGCCCGAGACAGGAGGGGGAUGAAGAUGGCGGACGCCAAGCAGAAGAGGAACGAGCAGUUGAAGCGGUGGCUGGGCUCCGAGACGGACCUGGAGCCGCCGAUCCUGAAGAAGAAGAAGACGAAGGUGAAGUUCGACGAUGGCGCCGUGUUCCUGGCCGCCUGCUCCAGCGGCGACACGGAGGAGGUGCUGCGAAUGCUCGACCGCGGCGCCGACAUCAACUACGCCAACGUCGACGGGCUCACCGCCCUCCACCAGGCCUGCAUCGACGACAACCCAGACAUGGUGACGUUCCUGGUGACGCACGGGGCCAGCAUCAACCAACCCGACAACGAGGGCUGGAUCCCCCUCCACGCCGCCGCCUCCUGCGGGUACCUGGGCAUCGCAGAGUACCUCAUCAGCCAAGGGGCCAGCGUGGGCGUGGUCAACAGCGAGGGUGAGACGCCGCUGGACAUCGCCGAAGAGGAGGCCAUGGAAGAGCUCCUGCAGAAUGAGAUCAACCGACAAGGCGUGGACAUCGAGGCGGCCCGCAAGGAGGAGGAGCGCGUCAUGCUGCGCGACGCCCGCCAGUGGGUCAACAGCGGCCAGAUCCAGGACAUCCGCCACGCCAAGUCUGGAGGAACGGCGCUCCAUGUGGCUGCCGCCAAGGGCUACGUGGAGGUUUUAAAGCUUUUAAUCCAAGCGGGGUAUGAUGUAAAUAUUAAGGACUACGACGGCUGGACUCCUCUGCACGCGGCGGCACACUGGGGCAAAGAGGAGGCCUGCAGGAUACUCGUGGAGAAUCUUUGCGACAUGGACGUCAUUAAUAAAAUGGGCCAGACGCCUUUUGACGUGUCGGAUGAAGAUGUUCUGGGAUACCUGGAAGAGCUUCAAAAGAAACAAAAUCUGCUGAUGAGCGAGAAGAAAGACGACAAGAAGUCUCCUCUGAUUGAAACCACCACCACGGGGGACAACAACCAAUCACUGAAGCCAUUAAAGAGCAAAGAAACGCUACUGCUGGAGCCGGAGAAGAGCGCCCCACGGAUCGAGACCCUGGAGCCCGAGAAGGUGGAUGAGGAGGAGGAGGAAGAGGAAGGCAAGAAAGAUGAAUCCAGCUGCUCCAGCGAAGAAGAGGAGGAGGAAGAUUCCGAGUCGGAGAACGAAACGGAUAAAAGCAAACCUUCGGCAUCGGUGGGCAACAGCACCAUGAUGCCUGCCCCGACCAGCAUCACCGUCUCCUCCGCCACCAGCCAGCUCACCAGCCCCUCGUCGCCAACUAAAAAGGUGGCCACGCAACCCAGCACCAAGGCGUCGUCCAAAGUGGAGGAGGAGCGCAAGGACGAGUCGCCGGCGUCGUGGCGCCAGGGGCUGCGGAAAACGGGCAGCUACGGGGCGCUGGCGGAGAUCACGGCCACCAAAGAGGCGCAGCGGGAGAAGGACACCACCACGGGAGUGAUGCGCUCGGCCUCCAGCCCGCGCCUCUCCUCCUCGCUGGAUAACAAAGACAAGGAGAAGGACAAGUCGACUCGGCUCGCCUAUGUGGCACCAACCAUUCCCAGGAGGCUGGCCAGUGCAUCAGAUGUCGACGAGAAGGAAAACAGGGACUCGACCUCGCUGAUUCGUAGCGGCUCGUACACCCGGCGGCGCUGGGAUGACGACCUGAAGAACAGCGAAGGAACCACCUCCACUAACAGAACCCCCAGCUACCAGCGAAGCACGUCCCACACGCUGGCGCUAGGGCGGAGCGGCAGCACGCGGGACGUGCCGGCCAAGUCUUCGUCCACCUCCAGCUUGGACCCUAACACCUGUAACACUAAACCCUGGCAGCCGCCCGCCUCCCACUACCAGUCGUACAGCAUUUACCGCAGCGGCUCUUUUGGCAGACGAUACGACGACUUGAGCCCCUCGACGACGAGCGCCACCACCACCUCGGCCGUCUCGUCCGCGACAACAACAACCGGCACCACCUCCUCAUCAUCAGUUACCUCGCCCAUGGGCCACCGCGGCCUCCUCUCGAGCCUGGGCUCCGCCUCCACCCGUACUGGCUCCACCAGUCUCACCAGCAGGUACUGGUCCGAGGAGAACGCGGACAGGGAAAAAGACAGGGAGCGGGAGUCUGCCGCGGUCAUCCCCACCAUAAACACUGGCUCUACCACCACCACCACGUCGGCCACCACCGUUAUCGGCACGUCCGGCACCACCACCACCGGCCCCGAACGACGCAGGUCCUACCUGACACCCGUACGAGACGAGGAGUCCGAAUCGCAGAGGAAAGCUCGCUCUCGACAGGCCCGUCAGUCGAGGAGGUCCACCCAGGGCGUCACACUGACUGACCUGCAAGAGGCCGAGAAGACCAUCGGCAGGAGUCGCACCCCAAAGAGCCGCGAGGAGGAGAAGCAGGACAAGGAGAAGCAGGAGGAGAAGAAGGAGUACGAAUCCAAGGAGGACGACUACCGACCAAAGUACCGCAGCUUUGAAGACCGCUACCGCACCUCCUCCGCCGCCUCCUCGUCCAUUUCCACGCUGAGCACCGCCUCGGCGCCGUCGUACUCCAGCGCCGCCCUGACCUCCGGCUCGAGCUCCCUCAACAGGCCCAACAGCCUGACGGGCAUCGCCUCCUCCUACGGGCGCUCCUCCAGGGACACCGAGAAAGAAAUGGACAAAAAGGAAGAGGAGAAGGAAGGCGACGACAAGUCUCAGCCUCGCUCCAUCCGGGAUCGCAGGCGGCCCCGUGAGAAGCGACGCUCCACCGGCGUCUCCUUUUGGACCCAAGAUGGUGAUGACAACGACCCCGAGCAGCAGUCCGACUCAGAGGAAGGCAGCAUCAAGGGAGAAGUGCAGGUGGACAGGUUGUCCAGAAACGACAGCGGCACCACGGCGGACCGCAACGACUCGUCGCUCAGCCGCAGCUACGGCGAGAGUCGGAGGACGUACUCCAGCCGGCUGGACAGAGACGACGCCACCGACUACAAGAAGCUCUACGAGCAGAUCUUGGCUGAGAACGAGAAGCUGAAGGCGCAGUUACGCGACACGGACCUGGAGCUGGCCGACUUGAAGCUGCAACUGGAGAAGGCCACGCAGAGGCAGGAACGCUACGCCGACAGGUCGCAGCUUGAGAUGGAGAAAAGGGAAAGGCGAGCUCUCGAAAGGAAAAUUUCUGAGAUGGAGGAGGAACUCAAGAACCUCCCCCAGACGCUCCCCGACUUGAAAGCGGACAACCAGAGGCUAAAGGACGAGAACGGCGCGCUCAUUCGAGUCAUUAGCAAGCUUUCCAAGUAGAGCAGACCACCACCGCCACCGCCGUCUUCGCCACCACCGCCACCACUGCCACCCGCCUCCCCCUCUCUAGCCUCAUCUGCCAGUGACUAAUGGAAUUGCACAUAUAGAUCGAAUUGCAAGAGACAUCAGACUUUUUUUUUUCCCAAUCCCCACCGUUUACAAGCCCAACGUCUAUUUAACCAGUAAGCCUUAGUUGUACAUAAAGAGGACCGCUCUUGAGGAAUUAUUAUUAUUAUUAUUAUUAUUAUUAUUAUUAUUAUUGCUAUUACUAUUACAACACCACCCGAUUUUAUUUGUGCCACGCCACCUUUUACUUGCUCCUGUGUUAUCAGUGUGCUGUGUCCUCUUUCUCCCUUCCCCCUAAGAAGUGCCACUUCCUGUCUUUUUUUUUUUUUUUUUUAAAUCUCACACGUGCACUCACUCACACACUCGCGCACACUCAUGACCACCUCCUCCCCAUUUUCGUUUUACCUCAGAGAGGGAAAAGAAACAGGAAAAUUUAAUAAAUAAAUCUUGAGGCGUACCAGGUGGAAUUUAAGCUUUCACUGAAUGUGCAAUAUGCAUUAUUAGAAUUUUUGUUGUUUCAUGCUUUAAUGACAUCACUUGGUUAGUCAGAAGUGUCACUCUUCUUCCACUUUAUCCCCUUUUGUUUGUUUUUGGCUUGUAGUGUUAGUUGGUUUAUACUCUGUAUUUGUCACCUUGUUUUAGGAGGUACUGAGUGAAGCUGUGUGUGUGUGUGUAUGCAUAUACAUAAGGCUGUAUGUUUGAGAGCGGCGCACGCUGAGUCUGUUACUAUUAAAAGUAUACCAAUUCCACACAGGACAAGCAGGUGUCUUUUUCUUUCUAUUUUUUUUUUCUUUUAUUGAAGAGGCAAAAAGUGUUUCAGGUUUCAAAGUGGGACUGCCGACAGUGUUUUGUGGUUUUUUUUUUUUUUCUUCUUCAAAGAAAGUGGUAAAAAAAACUGCUUGACUACAUUUCACUUUCUUUGAGUUCACUAACUUGUGUUGUUUGUUUUUUGUUUUUUUUGCUGUAGUAUUAUAGCCAACAAGCUUAGCCUCCUUUUCACAAAAGUCUACGUGCACUGUCGACGCCGCGAGUCCAAAACACGCCGUUGAAAUAUUACACGCCAACUUUUAUGCAUUUCAGUGGCCUUUUUAUUAUGAACUAUAUUUUAGUCCAAGAAGAGAAAAAGGAAGAAGUCGCUGCAAAUAGACUGAUGAUGAGAAUGAUGACAUCUACUCUGGUUAAGUUUUAUUUUGUUCUUGUUAUUUUGUUUUUCUUGUAAAAUAGGUGUGUGGCUUAAUACAUGCAAGCUGUGCUGUGACUACCAACCACUGAAGAGUUCAUUAAAAAUAAACUUGUACAUUGUAAAGUUCA